GGGGUGGGUUGUUGCUGCAGUCUUUGAUCUCAUCGCGUACAGUUGUGCUUUAUUUAGUAGUCGUACCACGUUCUCUCUCUUAUUAACCACUUUCUCUCCUGAUCCAAUUUUGUACACUCUUUCUCUCUGUGGUUGUUUUGGGACCGUUACAGUUUGUGGAGGAUUGGCCAGCAGUCGUUCUCCCUGCCUUUCUCUAAUUGUGGGACAAAAUGGCAAGCACCUUCACUCGGGUUUUGUCACGGAAGAAGACCGUGGGUAUCCUGUCGCUGGUUGGAGCUGGGUCCUUAAUGACGGGCUACCUGAUCAACAAGGACAAGGUCCAUGCUUCAGCGCAAUCCAGUAGGAGACGGUACCCGGCAAGUGCUGAGUACCCUGACUUGAGGAAGCACAACAACUGUAUGGCCAGUCACUUGACCCCAGCUAUCUAUGCAGAGCUCAUUGACAAAGCCACCCCCAAUGGCUUCACCCUGGACCAAUGCAUCCAGACCGGGGUGGACAAUCCUGGCCACCCAUUCAUUAAGACCGUUGGCAUGGUAGCUGGGGACGAGGAGUCCUACCAGGUAUUUGCUGAAUUAUUUAACCCCGUCAUUAAGGAGAGGCACAACGGUUAUGACCCCCAGAUUAUGAGACACCCCACUGACCUAGACGCCAGUAAGAUCCGGUCAGGGGUUUUCGACGAGCGCUAUGUGCUAUCUUCACGGGUGAGGACGGGCCGCAGUAUUCGGGGGCUCGCCCUGCCCCCUGCCUGCACCCGUGCGGAGCGCCGGGAGGUGGAGCGAGUGGUGGCGGACGCACUGAGCGGGCUGAAGGAAGACCUGCUGGGGCGCUACUACAGCCUGACUGAGAUGACAGAGAAGGAACAGCAGCAGCUCAUCGACGAUCACUUCCUGUUUGAUAAGCCUGUCUCUCCACUGCUGACCUGCUCAGGGAUGGCUCGUGACUGGCCCGAUGCCAGGGGAAUCUGGCACAACAAUGAGAAGACCUUCUUGGUCUGGGUGAACGAGGAGGACCAUACCCGCGUCAUCUCCAUGGAGAAGGGGGGCAACAUGAAGAGGGUGUUUGAGCGCUUCUGCAAGGGGCUCAAGGAGGUGGAGAGGCUGAUCAAGGAGAAAGGCUGGGAGUUUAUGUGGAAUGAGAGGCUGGGCUAUGUCCUGACCUGCCCCUCCAAUCUGGGGACAGGCCUGAGGGCUGGCGUGCACAUCAGCCUCCCUCGGCUCAGCAAGGAUCCAUGCUUCCCCAAGAUCCUUGACAACCUGCGUCUGCAGAAGCGAGGCACAGGUGGCGUGGACACCGCGGCUGUCGGCAGCACCUUCGACAUCUCGAACCUUGACCGCCUCGGCAAGUCUGAAGUGGAGCUGGUCCAAACCGUUAUUGAUGGAGUGAAUUACCUGGUUGAGUGUGAGAAGAGACUGGAAAAGGGGCAAGACAUCAAGAUCCCUCCACCCCUCAGCCAGAUCAAGUAGAAAGUCCCGGGGGCACGCUUGGCAGAUGCUGUAACAGCUUUUAACAUUGCUGUCCUGGCACUGUGUCUCAGAUGCAGGACGCCAUGCAGAAACAAAGCACUGUGUACCCUGAAAAACAUUGCAAGGAAAUGCCUAAUAAAACCUAGAGCUGCUCUAACACAA